ACAGCAUAGGGCAGUCGUGGUGGAGAGAAGACACCGUCUAUAGGAUGAGCAACGCUUUUUGAAAACGAAAUCAAAUCAGUGAUCUUCUGGAGGUGAAUUGUGCUUCGAAUAGUUAAUUUGAACAAGUGAUUCUUUUAGUGAAAAAUUAGUACAAGUGAAACUGGAACACAUUUGUGCCAAGCUGCAGACAAUGCAUUACAAUUCAUUCAAUUGUAAGCAAAACAUCCUGGAGUACUACACCUGCCACGGUGGAGUCAACCAGCUGGGUGGAGUUUUCGUGAAUGGGCGCCCCCUGCCGGACCUGGUGCGGCAGCGAAUCGUCGAGCUCGCCCACAACGGCAUCCGUCCGUGCGAUAUUUCCCGCCAACUGCGCGUCAGCCAUGGUUGCGUCUCGAAGAUUCUGUCGAGAUAUUACGAAACGGGAAGCUUCAAGGCGGGUGUUAUCGGUGGAUCGAAACCGAAAGUGGCGACGCCGCCGGUGGUCGAUGCGAUAGCCGCCUAUAAGCUGCAGAAUCCGACCAUGUUCGCUUGGGAAAUUCGCGACAAACUGCUGGCGGACGGUAUCUGUGUUCAUGACAACGUUCCCAGCGUUUCGUCGAUCAACAGAAUCGUUCGCAAUAAAGCCGCCGAGAAAGCCAAGUACAGCUCGCGCAUUGACUCCAGCAUGCAGGAAAGUGCCCCGCGUGGUGUUUCUCGUCAAAGUGGUGGAAGCCAGCAGCAGCAACAGCAAGCCCCACCGUCCCAGUCUCAGUCGCAAUCGGCCGCCCAGGAAUGCAUGAACCAAUCGAUGUCCGACUCGGAGGGAAUGAUGAAAAGUUCUCAAUCGCAAUCAGCCGACAGCGUUGGUCCUUCGGCUUCGUAUUCUAUUAACGGAUUACUCGGCUUGUCUCAGAAAUCACUUUCCGGGACGAGCUCUAAACGGCGCAAAAUCAAAGAAGAUCCAGACUUACGAUCUGGUCUUUUGGGAAGUAUCAAACGUGAUAAGGUUCUAAAUCCACACGGAUGGCAUCAUUCAGACACCAAAGAUAUAUCUGACUAUGAACACAUGAAACAGCAUGAUCAGGACAAAAGCGAUCUCUUCACCGGUGGCGUAGAUUUUGUUAGUUCAAUGGCAAUGUCCAGCGAAGACAACUCCGAUAAUCAAUCGAGCUUUACCAUCAGAGGUGAGAAACCACACAAAUACCAUCGAGCGGAAGACGCCCUAUCGGUGGGGGUGAUCAUUGAAGACGACACGUCCGCCCGCAAGCAGCAGCAACACCAUCCGCACCCAACCGAGCUCACCAAAGUCCCAGGCGGAUACGAAAAGAUCCUAACCAGCGAAAUGAUAGCCGCCUCCUCUGCAGCAGCCGCAGCAGCGGCGGCGGCCGCCGCUUCCUUAGGAGGCAGCAGUGGCGGCCUCAAGAGAACCGAAGCCUCCCCGAUGGCGCAAUCGAUCGAAUUCCUCAGCGACAUGAAUAACAACAUUUCCCAAAAUCAAAACCAGAGCUUCCCAACGACGAGCUACGAGGCGGCCGCCGGAUAUAGUACCGGCGAGCCGACGGAAGCAGCCGUGCUCAAUCCGCACAUUGCCUGCUCGUCCAACUAUUCGGCCUUCCUGCAGAACACGGAUCAGUUUGCAGCGGCCAAUCCUGAACUGAUCUUCCCCACGGCAUACACUCAAUACGCACCUGGCUACGGCUCGUUCAACUACAACACGGCAUUUACGAACAACAACCUUUGUCGAGAUUUGGGCCAGAUCCACUACCCGGAGGAGCAGUAGCCCUAAUUAGCAACAAAACCCCCGGAAACAACCGGAAACUGACGACGAAGCAAGGCAAAGAAAGAUUUGAAAAGUAAAACGAAUUUCACAAACCGUUACAAAGAAAUAUGGCAUUUAAUACACACCCACAUUCAUCUUUAGAAUAUUUUGAGAUGAUGAGUAACAAACAAAAUAUUUGAAAAUCAUGACAAAUUAUAUAAGUGACAUUACAGAAGAA